UUUGUGUUAAAAAAAUUUGUGAUAUACUUUUUAAAAGUUCGGAGCAAACGAAGGAUGCGAUGUAGGAUCAUAUCGAAGAGAUCAGAAGUUCUUUGCAGUGAUGAACAAGGACGGCUCCUACCGUACGCGGGACCAACUCACUUCCGAAUGGAGCCACAUCAAUCGUAAAGUCCGAAAAUUUAUCAGAGUUUACGAGGAAUGCGCCCGGUCGUGGAGGAGCGGGACGAAUGACGCCGAUGUUCUCCGGCUUGCCACGGCCUGGUAUCAAGACGACGGACACCAAGGCAAGGUGCCCAUCGAUCUUUGGAGGAUUUUGAGCCGUUCACCGAAGUGGCAACAACUCAACAAUUCCGACGCCGGAUCGUCAAAGAAAAGAUCCUUCGUCGACACCGAGGUUGAGUUUUGGUCAAGGAAUGAUGAUGAUGAUGACGACGAUUCAUGCUGUAAUGUUGAUUUUUCAGGAGGAAAUGUAAACCUCAUUACCUCAAUAGAAUGUUGGGAGCGGAAGAUUGAAGAAGCACGGAAAGAUAACAAAACUGUGAUUGCGAACUUUAGCGCCUCAUGGUGUAGUCCUUGUAAAACGAUAGCACCAUUCUACUGCGAGCUUUCUAAUAAACAGCCUUCUCUGAUGUUUUUGGUGGUCGAUGUCGAUGAGCUUAGUGACUUGAGUUCUUCUUGGGACGUCAAAGCGACCCCAACUUUCUUUUUCAUCAGGGACGGAAAGCAAUUUGACGUACUCCUAGGGGCUAACAAGGCAGAGCUGCAAAACAAGAUAACAGCCAUAGUAGACUCACAGACGCCAUGCCACACAUAGCCGUUUUCCAGAUGUGGUCAUGAGUGACAUGGAAUUUCCGCAUCCUUUUUUGCGUGCGUAUGUAACUGCACCUGUAAAUGCAACUA